AUGUCUGAGCAAGAAGCGAAGAAAACUGACGACUACCUUGACAGCCUACUAAUGAUAGCGAAAAGCAACGUUGUAAAUGAUCAUUUAGAAACUCUCAAAAACUUACCAAGAGCGGCUAGAGGCUUUCGUAUCAAAGCUGAUCUUAAAAUGUCUACAAAUGGUCGCGGGGUCGGUGUGUUUGCGGCCGAGUUUCUAUCGGCUGGGACACGGAUAGAGACUGAUCGAGUCCAUACGGCUUUUACACGGGAACAGGCGUACGCAUUUCUAGAAGCCGCACCAAACGACGAGCAAAGAAAAUGGUGGCUAGAACAUAUUUAUUGCUUGGAUGGUGUGAUGAAAACUGAUAUGGAUGAGCUUGACACAAUAUGAUGGUGAAUCAUUGUGAUAAUCCGACUGUAGUUACACGAGAAGAUGGUUUUGAUUAUACUACGAGAGAUGUUAAUAUAGGAGAGGAAUUGACUGAAGAUUAUAGGACGUAUGAAAUGGUACCUUAUUAUGAAGAACUAUGUAAGAAGUACGGCGUUGAAGGUUUUAGUGAUGAGUGGAAAUAA